CGCCGAGCAGCCCAGGCAGCGGCAGAACCGCUCCGGCAGCGGCGGCGGCGGCAGCACCAGCAGCGGGAGCGAGCGCAGCGCUAGCGCGGCGCGGGGACCGCCGCGCCGCUUCCCUGCUCCUGCCCUCCUCUGCCGCUCGCUCCUCUCGGCAUCCACCUCCUUCCCCUCCUCCAGCUCAUUCACUCUUUCCACCAAGCUCCCCUCCUCCUCGGCUUCUCCCCGCGCCCCGCCAGCCCUCGCGCUCUCCCACUCCCUCUGCCCGUCCUGCCCGUCCUCCCCGUCCCCUCCUCCCGCUCAUUCACUCGCCCCUCUCCCUUCUCCACUCUCUCCCCCUCUCUCCUUUCUUCUCCUCCUUUCACCCUCCGUCUCUCACACCCCCUCCAUUCCCCUGUUUCCUUUCUGACACUGCACUGCAGCUGCUCCUCAGCCCUGCCCCCUCCCCAGUGAGAACAAACCAGCAACAUAGCUUUUUUUUCCUGAAGAGAUUUCUAUUGAUCCGAUUAAAAAAAAAAAAAAAAACUUCAGAAACCCCAAACGCAAAAAAAAAAAAAAAAAAAGAAAGAGAGGAGAGAGAGAGAGGGACAGAAAGGGGGAAGAGAGAGAGUGAGAAAAGAAACAAGAAAGAAAGAAAAGAAAAAGCCAAAACAAAAGGGAGAACCUUCUCCCGGUAGCAGCGGCAGGAACUGCAAACAUGAUGGCGGCAGCUCCCAUCCAGCAGAACGGGACCCACACUGGGGUUCCCAUAGACCUGGACCCGCCGGACUCGCGGAAAAGGCCGCUGGAAGCCCCCCCUGAAGCCGGCAGCACCAAGAGGACCAAUACGGGCGAAGACGGCCAGUAUUUUCUAAAGGUUCUCAUACCUAGUUAUGCUGCUGGAUCUAUAAUUGGGAAGGGAGGACAGACAAUUGUUCAGUUGCAAAAAGAAACUGGAGCCACCAUCAAGCUGUCUAAGUCCAAAGAUUUUUAUCCAGGUACUACUGAGCGAGUGUGCUUGAUCCAGGGAACAGUUGAAGCACUGAAUGCAGUUCAUGGAUUCAUUGCAGAAAAAAUUCGAGAAAUGCCCCAAAAUGUGGCCAAGACAGAACCUGUCAGCAUACUACAACCCCAGACCACCGUUAAUCCAGAUCGCAUCAAACAAACAUUGCCAUCUUCCCCAACUACCACCAAGUCCUCUCCAUCUGAUCCCAUGACCACCUCCAGAGCUAAUCAGGUAAAGAUUAUAGUUCCCAACAGCACAGCAGGUCUGAUAAUAGGGAAGGGAGGUGCUACUGUGAAGGCUAUAAUGGAGCAGUCAGGGGCUUGGGUGCAGCUUUCCCAGAAACCUGAUGGGAUCAACUUGCAAGAGAGGGUUGUCACUGUGAGUGGAGAACCUGAACAAAACCGAAAAGCUGUUGAACUUAUCAUCCAGAAGAUACAAGAGGAUCCACAAAGUGGCAGCUGUCUCAAUAUCAGUUAUGCCAAUGUGACAGGUCCAGUGGCAAAUUCCAAUCCAACCGGAUCUCCUUAUGCAAACACUGCUGAAGUAUUACCAACCGCUGCAGCAGCCGCAGGGCUAUUAGGACAUGCUAACCUUGCUGGCGUGGCAGCCUUUCCAGCAGUCUUAUCUGGCUUCACGGGCAAUGACCUGGUGGCCAUCACCUCUGCACUUAAUACAUUAGCCAGCUAUGGAUAUAAUCUCAACACAUUAGGUUUAGGGCUCAGUCAAGCAGCAGCCACAGGGGCUUUGGCUGCAGCAGCUGCCAGUGCCAACCCAGCAGCAGCAGCAGCCAAUUUGUUGGCCACCUAUGCCAGUGAAGCCUCAGCCAGUGGUAGCACAGCUGGUGGCACGGCGGGGACAUUUGCAUUAGGUAGCCUGGCUGCUGCUACUGCUGCAACCAAUGGAUAUUUUGGAGCUGCUUCUCCCCUAGCUGCCAGUGCCAUUCUAGGAACAGAAAAAUCCACAGAUGGAUCCAAGGAUGUAGUUGAAAUAGCAGUGCCAGAAAACUUAGUUGGUGCAAUACUUGGCAAAGGAGGGAAAACGUUAGUGGAAUACCAGGAGUUGACUGGUGCAAGGAUACAGAUCUCCAAAAAAGGAGAAUUCGUACCUGGCACAAGGAAUCGGAAGGUAACCAUUACUGGAACACCAGCUGCAACACAGGCUGCUCAGUAUUUAAUCACACAAAGGAUCACAUAUGAGCAAGGAGUUCGGGCUGCCAAUCCUCAGAAAGUGGGUUGAACGCCCCCAUGAUACAUCAGAUUGUUUUAACCCCUCCUUUACCCCAUUUUCAAGAAGGAUGUACUGUACUUUGCAGAAGUGAAGUUUUUCUGUUAUUAAUAUAUAAUUAUGCAAAUGAAUGCGACUAUGUUGACAAUGUGUAUAUGUAAAUAAUAUGUGUUUUACCAGAUGUUUCAUAGAAAGAAUUUUUUCUUGAUCUGUUUUGUUCUCUAUACUUUGCUUGUGUAUAUUUGUCAGAGGUGUUUCUAGUGUAAGAUUUAAGCCUGCCAUUUUACCAGCAUUAUUGUAGUUUAACGAUUGAAUGUAGACAGGGAUAUGCGUAUAGUUUUCAGUAUUAGUUCUAGAUAACACUAAAUUAACUACUGUUAGGUUGAGUAUGGUGGGGUCAGUGACCUAAGAUGGAGUGAGGCCAAAGCACUGUCCUGUAAGUCUUACUUCCUGCUUAGGGCACAGUGAAGUAGGAGACCAUAUUUUGAAAAUAAGUUUUAAAUUUAAAAUGAUCAAAAAGCAAUAUAGUUGCCUAAAAGCACUGUAAAAUAUUUAAAAGGUUAAAACUGUGGAAAAUUAUAUUGGUAAGUUUACAGAUCAAUAAAAGCACCUGUUUUCCAUCGGAACUAGACAAUGGGAAUAAUGCUGCAUGCUGGCCAUGGCCCAUUCUUCAUCAUGUGUAAGUUCAACAAAAGUUCUCACAUGGAGUCCCACCUCUUCAGAGGUUUGUACAUUUGUUUUUAAGCACUGAAUUCACUACUGAUCCCAUCGCCUGGCCAGUAGAACAGUCAUUACUCCAUUAACAUCCUCACUGUUUAGACACAUAACUGUGGUACAGUGUAUUGGAAAUUUUAUAAACAAAAGUGAAAGUGCCAACAAAUUAUUGAUAGCUGAUAAUGUUUCAUUAUCUGCAACUGCUUGAUAAGUAUGUUGCAUUUUAAGAGCUUAUAAUUGUGUAUAAUUUGUUAACACUAGAAACCUAUUAGUAUUGUGAAUGUAGAUUUUACUGUGAAGCUAUCUGUGAUUUAGCUGUUUGCUCCCAUGAUGGAGUCUUUGCAGCAUGGCGCUAGCAGCCAGUGCAGUUUCUAAUACUCGGUAAUUUGCAUGUUUUGUGGAGCAUUUUUAUGUCACCAACCAGACAGUAUUUCCUGCAUGCUUAUUUAGAAGAGGCAGUUUAUCUCGAGAGGUAGUGCAAUCUACCUUUGUCAGGCUUUUUGACAGGUCAUUUCAGAGUAAGCCUUUGUUCCCAAGACCCAACAACUGUCACCCUCUUCUGUACCUCUCCUGAGUGCCAACUGUCCAGGCCAUUUGACACACCAUCUGUUAACCUCUGAGUUUGCCCGCUCAAGGCCACUCAUAGGGGCAUCCAUCCCCAAGCACCUCCUCAUGCUGUGCAUGCAGUCUUAAAUUCAAUGGACAAAAAUAAAAUGCUGGCUACCUCUGGAUCAUCUGGCUGAGCAACUGAAUUACAAAAGAGAAUUACUUCCAUCUCAACUUCAACCCAUUGAUUACGUCCAUCCUAGCAAGCUAAAUGGCAUCCCAGCUGCUCCUUUCUGUGCAACCAAUUAAAGAACAAUGAGUGUGAUGCUCCAUGUCUGAAUUUCGUCCAGCCUCUCUCUGAACUGUGAUCUUUGUCCUCAUGAACUUUCCCUUUUGUUCAUUGAACUAUAUGGACUCUUCAUUUCAUAUUGAUUUACUGUGCAAUUUACUUUUGGACAUUGAGAACUUGAAAUUAUUUCCUGAUCCCUUCCCCUUCCACUAUUAAUAAUUCAUUUCUGUCAAACUGUAAGAGUAGACUCAUUUUUUUUUUUUUAGUUUUUAACAUUGGACUGUUAUUUCAUUUAGAGUUCUCUAUCUCUAAAUAUUUAUUUAGAGAAUGAUUUUAAAGGGAAUGAUAUGCUUGUUUAAAUGAAAGAGAAAAGCUGUAGUAAACUGUGUUAAUUGGUAAUGACUAUUUAUCGUCGAUACUCUGUAGCUGUGUAAGUUCUGACAAAUAGUGUAUCUCGUGGAAUCAGUGGUUAGCAUUGCCGCUAUUAUAUUUACUCAUUUUAUCAUUAUAAAUGUGCUUAGUUCAUCAUGUAGCAUCACUUGUCUCCCGUCUCAUUUUUUCCUUGCAUGUCACAAGUCUCAGAUCAUUUAUAAUACAUUAACAGUAAAUAAUAUCUAUGUAAAUUUCUUUCACCAUGCUGUCUCAGAGUCAGCAGUGAAAAAAAGGCAAAGAUUGGGGCCCCACUUAGUUUGAAAAAGGGAAAGGAAGUGAUCUAGGAUGUGUAUUAGAAGCAUUUCCAAUGUUGGGUCUUUAAAAUGUUUGUUCAGUCUUAGCAAAUCUUCGAUCUUUUAUUUCAGAAUUCCAGUAGUCACUGUGGAGCCCAUGCAUUUCACCUGGAAUUUGAUGUUACUGUGAAGCCAAACCAUUGAAACAAUUAUAUGUAUUUUAUUAGCUAGUAUUGCUGAAAAUGCACUCAGUUCCAUUUUAAUUGUAAAUGGGAUUUUUAAACUUUUCCAAGUUGGCGUGGUUAUAUGUUACUUUACAAUGAAAGAUUGAAGAUAAAUUGAAGAUAUUUACAUUUUAAUUUAUGGUAACAGAUAAGGGUUUGUAUGCAUUAUGUGUAAAUCAGCUUCAUGCUGUUUAAAACCUUAUUCUCUGAAAUUUAUAGACCAUGUAGAAUUGAUUUGUGAUGUGAUGCUUUAAUUUAUUGCGAGAAAAGUAGUAUGGCUUCAAACUGCCACAGGUAGGCACGUAACAAUGGCUGUUCAGCUAUACUUAUCCAAAAUGGAGAAAACUAAUGAUACAAGGGCCAAACAUCUUAUGAAAUGCAACUAUUUAUAGACUUGUUUUGCUAUAGGGAGGCUGGUGAACACGCUGAAUACGAAUUACCUCAGUUCUGCAGCUUUCUAUGUCUUUUUAAUGCAUUCUGUUUCAGGGUCACUUUCAAUCAAUAUUUCAUUUACUUACUGAGAUUGAAUGGGCGCUCUGAGACACAGUGUGCUGUUUAUCAUACAGAUUGGACACCUCAUUCUAGAUCCAAGAUCUUUUCCUCAACACUGGGAGCUGUCCUUUCAGCACCACAAAAUUACUGCUUGAAGUUGCAUUGCAGCCCCCACCUCCUUUAUCACUGGGAGCUUUUCUUUCAGCACCACAACAUGGCACCUAGACUUUUUAAACGGCUGCCUUCCUCUUUGCACUGAAGACCAGUUUCGUCUGCACUUCCAGUUAUUGCUAUUACCUGUAGGACUUUCAAUCCUACUUCACCUCACCCACCCCACUCCUGAAACAGUUAAAUGUAUCUAUUUCUGUGGAAGUCAUUUUCUCACCGAAUGAUCAGAAACAAAGAUAAAUUCUAACCUGUAACGGCUCAUUUCGACUCAUUGCUUACAAUAGAUCUAAGCUCUUUUUUCUGCUUAUUCGACUCCUUCCAGCUUCCCAUCACAUCUGUAACAAACUUUUACAACAAUAUGGCCACACCACCAUGCACAAACCUACCUGCAGAGUAGAGAUAGAUUACUCUCCAUCGCAUUCAGAUGGUUAACAGAGGUUAGCAAGUCCUGUAUUAUAUAUUUAUAUCGCUUUCUAAGAAAGUGCAUAUUAAUGUUUACUUUAAGAAUGUGUAAAUGGUGCUAUCAAGAAUCUGAUAAAUUUUAUCCCAGUUUUUUGUGUACCACUUCUAAUGUAUGAGAUUUAUUUUUUUAUUGGAAAAAAAUAAACAGUAUGAAAGCAUUAAA